AUGCGCUGGGUGUCUGCCUUCUUUGCCCUGGCAUUAACAGGUGCCUUGCAAGCAAAUGCACUGGAUGCCACAAUCUUCACGUUCUCUCCCAAGAUUACAAGCCCUUUAACGGCUAGUGCCCAACAACAAACACUAUCAGAAGAUGAGGCCCGGCUUGUGUUAGAGCUUCGCCUGAAGUCCUCUGUAGCAACGGUCCUCGGAAUGGUGGAUGCAGACACCGUAAACCACCUGAACCAGUUUGCUCAAGAUGAUCUCGCGCUCUUUGGGGGAGCUACUGGGGGGGCUGCUCCUAAGAAAAGUAUCUUAAUUCUGGAAGGGAUCGACCAGGAAGUUGCUCUAGUCAUGCAAAAAGCUCAACCAACCCAUAUUUAUAUUCCUCAAAUUUCAUCGCCCUUUGUUGGAGUUGAUCUCGUGGAAUCGUUUGUCGAAAGCAGCCCCACUGCGAAAGGGCACCGUGGACAAAUCUGCACUUACUUCAACGAUGCUAGCAGGGCUGCUUCAUCGACAUCCCAGAGUCCUAAGGAAUGCCUAUCCAGGGACCCUAUGUUUGCUGAUGGGUCUGAUUUGCUUUUCCGUGAUUCCCUUACACUAGUUGAUUCAGUGGAAUUUUGGCUUUGCAAGGAUUACAAUGAUUCGGCUGUGAAGUUGUCCUUCAAGAAUGCAUCUGGGAAUUCUCUUCUUAGAAACAAGCUCCUGGAGAGAUUGCUUCUUCACCUAGCUCAAAUAUCGUCGACCAACAAUCGGGAAAUCACGACUGUCGUUCUACCCCCUGGUGUCAAGCCAGAAAGAAUCAGCCGCCGAGGCGCGAUGCAGUCAUCAACACCAGUCACUCAGCAGAAUACCUUCCGAAGGUCGACGCAGAAUUUUGCGCUGCGGUCAACUCUAGCGCCUGUCUGUCAUGCUUCAAACUCAUCGUGUGCUGAAUCUACCAAUGACUGCUCCGGACACGGUUCCUGCUAUCUGAAAUAUGGCUCGGGUGUUGAGGGAACUACAGGAAACUGCUAUGCAUGCCAAUGCAAACAAAGUUUUGUUCAAAAUAGCGACGGUACCACCAUAACAGUUCAGUGGGGUGGAUCGGCUUGCCAGAAAACAGACAUCAGCUCACCUUUCUUCCUCGUUGCAGGCGUUAGUCUGUUUGCCAUCGCUCUGGCUGGCUGUGCGAUUGGGAUGCUUUUCAGUAUGGGCUCACAGGAGCUGCCCAGUGUCAUCAGUGCUGGUGUAGGAGGUCCGAAGUCUCAAAUCUGA